AAAAAGAUAGUAAAUUCAUCAGAGAAGAAACAACAGCUCCACUUGGAUUGGCCAUAAUCCCACUUACAUUUACUUCUAAUAUAAUAAACAAUCAUCACAUUAGUAAUUAUGAAUCCAUCACAAUCCUAACUGAAGUACUUGUAGAGAAAUAUGACCAUAAAACGCCCAAUUAUAUCCUGCUUGGUAAUAAUUGGUUCUAUGGCAGAAGCAGAAUUAAUGAUAAAAUCCAACAUUAUUUACCAGAAAUAGUAACAGAUGCAAAAAAUGCUUUUGUAAGAACUACAUUGCGUAUUAAAAAUCUCAAUACUUCGGACAGCGAUUCUGGUAAUUCUUCCACAUCUAGUUUGGAAAUAUAA